ACUGUACCAUUUUGUAUUCAGUGUAGUGAGCGCUUGAUUCCGGCGAAGUAUCAGAAACAGCAGAGAAACAUACAGGAAAAAACGUGUACGCGAUGUCGGGUGCCGAUUGUAUUAUUUGCACGUAUCCGUUGGAAACAUGUGUGAAGGAACUUCAGUGCGGUCAUGAGUUCCAUCAACCGUGCAUCGAUGACUGGUUGGAGGGCAAUGGCCAUUGUCCAUCUUGUGAGGGCCAUACAUGUGUAAUCGAUCCUUGGGAAGAUUCGGAGGAUUCGGAGGAUUCGGCCUUUGACACGGUCACAGAAUCGCCAAACUUCGUAGAAUCAAUAGAUUUCUUCGGUGACUCGGCAGCAGAACCUCUAGACGCCGAUUUGUUUCUAGAUCUAGCAUCGAUUUGUCCGAUUUGCUUGGAGACUUUAACAACGGAGGUGAAGUAUCUUUGGUGCCACCAUAUCUUCCACAUCGAAUGCAUCGAUAGCUGGAUGGAGUUUUUUAGCCAUUGUCCGCAAUGCAUGGGCUAUGUGUAAAGUGGUUUUGCAAUCGACGAACAGCCGAUUUAUCUCGUAAACUGGUUGAAGCCCCGUAGUAGAACCACCGAACGCGGAAGAAUCCCAAAGAUGCGGUUGUUGUAGUUGCAGAACCCGAAUAAUUGUCUCGUCGUUUAUCGUCCGUACUGCAAUGAAAUUAACGCACAUCCGAAUUUUGCCGAAUUUCCUAUGUAAUGAAUUCUACCUCCGUGUGUAUAUCGGAAUAAUUGGUAUCAGGAAGAAAUAAAAACCGA